GCCCGUGUUGUUCCCACCCGUCAUUUUUUUUGCUUGUACACAGUCCCCUCUCUUAUUCUUCCUCGUCCCCGGUCAAACCAACAUGGCUGCCAGCGUCACAACAAGAUGCCGUGACAUGACCUCCGCUCCCAUUGGACUUUGAAAUAAUUUACGUCUGCUCCUCGCAACGCUGAGUCAGAUGGAUGAAAAAGCACAGGCGACGCCUCAGUUGGCUGGCUUCUGAAGCAACAGCUUCGAAAUCGCUAGAGUCGUUUGAUUGUUACAAUACAAACACAAGUCAACACCAACCAUUGAACGAUCUCGAAAAACUCUUAUGGUUGCUUGACUUGCUUUAUGUAAAUAAAGCACUGUCAACGGCAUGGCAAAUAAUUUGGAUAGUCCUCAAAUAAUAGUUCAGGCGCCUGUAAUGGAAAACGAGGGAUCGUUCAAAAACAAAGAUGGACUAUCGAUAUCAACAAGGACGUGGACGUCUCAAAGUGAGCAGCCAAAGGCUUUAAUUUUCAUAUGUCAUGGAUAUGGGGAUCACAGCAAGCGAUACAGCAAGUUCCUUGCUCAAGCAUUGGUAGAUGAAGGCUUUUUUGUUUUAUCCCAUGAUCACGUUGGACAUGGAAAGAGUGAGGGAGAAAGGGCCCAGAUAGACUCACUGCAAAAAUAUGUCAGGGAUAUUUUUGAUCAUAUUGAUCAAAUCAUUCCAAAAUAUGAGGGGUUACCUAUUUACUUAUUUGGCCAUUCAAUGGGUGGCCUCAUUGCUGUGCUUGCAGCUCAGCGAAGACCAACAUUCUUCAAGGGAGUAGUUCUUAGUGCUCCAGCUCUCAUAGUGGACCCUCACAAAGACAACAAAUGCAUGAGAUUUUUGGGGAAGAUGGUCUCCUGGGUGGCGCCUAGUCUUCAGCUGCUUCCAGCAAUGGACCCCAAUUCAAUGAGUAGAGAUCCAGAGCAGGUAAAAGCAUAUGCAGAAGACCCAUUAGUUUGGCAUGGUGGAGUCAAGGUUGGCAUUGGCUUAGCAAUAGCACAUGCAGUAGAUGAGGUACAAGCCAGCAUGGAGAGUAUCAAGUGGCCCUUCUUGGUCUUGCAUGGCACAGCUGAUACACUAUGUUUGAUGGAGGGAUCAAAACAACUCGAAAGACGAGCCGGCAGCAAAGAUAAGACUAUCAAGACUUAUGAUGGUUACUACCAUGACCUCCUCAAGGAACCAAAGGAUGAUUCAACUGUGAUCCUUAAAGACAUCAUAGAAUGGCUCAACGCCAGAAUGUGACUUGCCUCUAAAAGGAGCUCAACCAAUUACUCAUUAUAUUACUCAGCAUACUUCAUACACUGAGGUCAACUUUUUUUUUAAAUUUGGGCUUCAAACAAUUCAAAAUGUUUUAAAGACAAACUUAUAUUUAUCUUUUCUUAUUUAUGGUUUCAAUUUUAAAUUGUUAUUUAACCUUAUUUUAUAACUUUUAUUGAGGAUGUUUUGUGAACAUUAAUGUUGGGACAAUAUCAUUAGAAUAAAUAAUAAAUAUUUUACCACCAGAAA